AUGGAGGGAGAUCAGGAGGUGCGGGGAGCAAGAGAGGAGCACACGUUUGAUGACCACGAAGCGGCGUUUCUCACUCCGCGGCUGUCCAUUUUUUCUGGUGACACUCAAACUUACACGGCGCCGCAGGGGGAUUACAGUGGGGGCCAUGAUGCACACAAAGAGGAGCCAAUGAAUCUCUUUCUUGACACGGAGGAACUGCAGGAUACAGCUGAAGAUAAUGCCAUGCUGUUCCGUGAGCACAUGAAUGGCGAAGGGGAAACAAUACGCAUGCAGCAGGGGGGACAACAGGAACUGAAUGCGACAGAAGACGGCGAUUCCGCCCUUGACGCUGGUGUUUUCUUUGUAGGUCAAGACGACAACGAUGCGGAUAGCGUUGAUGUGGACAGUGAAGGAGAGAUAAAUGUGGAGACGGACGAGACUGCGCUUGAUCCAGAGCGGUUGCCGUAUGAUGAUGUGGAUGAUGAUGAUGAUGAUGAUGGCGGCAAUGCCGCUCCGCAGAAAAUGGUUAGGGUCACCUUCCCCUUGCCGCGUGUGCGAGAACUGCUGAAGUUUCACAGUGACUUCUCCAUUGUGGCAAAAGACGCGGCCGUGGUAGCUGGGGAGGCGGUGGUGUUGAUGCUGCAGGACUUGACACGUCUGGCGGCGGCGGAGGCAGAGCGGCACAGACGAAAGAGAGUCACGUACGCGGAUAUAGCUCGUGUGGUACAUUACUUUGACCGUUACUCCUUUUUGGCGGACGCCGUUCCAUCUGCGCAGGAAGUUGCGAGUGUCGCAAAGACAGUAACCGUCGGUCCUGCCAACUCUUCCCUGCUCGAAACACCGGCUAGCUGCAACGUUGCUCGGGAGGGGGCGGUGCGACCAAUGCUGAGGGCAACGGGAAGUGGGGGCGGUGGCGCAGGUAUGCGACAGACGAAACUUCGCUUCUGA